AUGUUACCACAGGAAGAAUCUCUUGAUAUUCUAACUGAAUUUCUUCUAGAACAUGGAUAUGCCAAAGUGAAUUCAGUGCCCAUUGACGCCAUUCGGAAAUUAGCUCGUCUCGUUCUCACAGAAAAUGUAUUCACUUAUGAGAAAAGGUUCUAUCGUCAAGUGAUCGACGGUGCUAUGGGCUCCGCAUUUACUUUGAUUUUAGCCAAUGUUUUCUUAUGGAAAUGGGAAAAACCAUCACUUCAACAGCUGUAUAUCAAUGAUAUCUUCUUUACUUCGAAUCAACCACUGAACAAAAUCAAUGAAAUGUUAGAUAACGCCAACGAUUUCCAUCCAAAUAUCAAAUUAGUUCGGCAAAUUGAAGCAGCCGAACCAUACACAGUACCAUUUAAUUCUGGUCAUCCUCGUCGUACCUUCAGAAAUGCCAUUGACACAGCACUUUUGCGUGCUGUACGCUAUUCAUCGACACUAUCAACUUUUCAAAAAGAACAACGUACAAUCAAACUAAUGCUUCUUUACAUGAACUAUGCACCACGGUUUAUGUAUAGCAGAUUCCACAAUUUCAUCGCCAUUUAUGUCAAAACUUCAAACAUCCAACCAUUCAUACAUGAUGAAAAUCAGUUCAGAGCGAUCCGACAGAAAACGCUCAACAUUCCAACUAUUCCAGAUUAUCGAAUGGCGUCCAGAAUCGAAAGAGAUAAAGCUACUCCUGAUGAUGAAUCACUGGAAACUGGGGUACCCAAAACGAACUCAACAAAAUCUUCGAAAUGGGACAAUCAACUCAUAAUUCAUUACACUCAUGAGCAACGGUUCCAAAACUGCAAACGCGAUCAACACCAAUCAUUCACACAAGACUAA